GCAGCGCUCAGUUUCUUUCAGCCAGUCGUUCGCGUCGGUUGUCCGUUGUUAGUUGUCCGUUGUUGGUUGUCCGUUGUCGGUAGUCCGUUGUCGGUUGUUGGUUGCUGCACGUUCGGUGUUGCGUGUUGUCGGCGGGUCGUGGUUGCAGGUUGCCGUAGGGUGCCGCGGCGAUUCUUCCGCCCUGCACGCAGCCUCCGUGCGACACUCGAACUGAAGAGGCGGACACGCGAACUGUGGGCCAAAAAUCGAAAUAAGAAAACACUCCAGUCUUUUGCUAUUCUGACACAAUUUCGCGGCGAAUAACAAAGAGUGCAGAAACCGCAAGAGCAGUGAGCAGUGAGCGCAAAACAGCGAGAAACGUGUGUGUAAAACAUAAAUGUGCAUUCGACAACAAUAGCGGAGAAAAGUGAGGAAAGAAACAAAAGCGAAGAGGUGGCCAGGCAGAAAUUGGAAAUAAACAAAAAGAAAUUGCAUAAGUCGGAUUUUGGCGUGCGCUUUGCGCAUCUUCUUCUGGCUAGCUGCUGCAAUAUUUGAGUGGCUUCUGCUGUUUAUCCCGCGAGAAAAACAGAAAAACAAAAAAACUAAAAAACACUUAACAACUAAACAACUAAAAAAAAGCGAGUUAAAACCAAGAGACUUUUUACAACAUUUUAAUCAACUCCGCUGGGCCUUCGCUUGACCAUUUGACUUUUUUCGAACAAGUUUGCAGUCAAGUUUGUGGCUCGCUGUGUGUGCGUUUUCGGCAACUAAAGCCCAUUAAUGCAAUUGUUGCCAUCCAAUUUCUAUAUUUCUACGAACGUGUGCGCGCCUUUUCGCCGUUAAAGUCAAACAUUUAUGCAACUCGGCCGAAAGCAGCAGCAGCAGCAGCAACAGCAGCAAAAGCAACAUCUGGCCAAGGGACGUACUCCAUCCGCAAUUGAAGUCUAUGUGAGACGACCAUGCCUAUUUGCAAAAGUUCACCGGGCACGGCUAGCAAGAAAACAGCCACGGAUAUAUCCGCCGACCACGUGACGGAAGCGGCCCAGGUGAAGCGGACGCGGGAGCAGGCCUACUUCAACUCCUACGACUUCGAUGCAAUCGAGGUGCUGCCCUACGAGGAGGAGGGCGACGAGGAGCGCAGCAGGAGCAGAAGCAGAAGCCAAAGCCGGAGCGCAAGCAGCCGGAGCAGAAGCAGCAGCACCAGGAGCUACUCCGCUGCCAAAGAUCCUGGUGCCGGCAACAAGUUCGCCUAUCUGCAGCGCCUGGGGGCUUUUUUUGCUCGCAACGGAGGUGGAGCAGGCGAAUCGGGAUUAGGAGAAGCCGCUAGUAUCGUUGCUCCAAGUGGGGCAGGUGCAUCCAACGCGGCGACCAAGGGCAGAAGCGACAAUUUUCUACUGCCACGAGCCAUGCUUAAAUAUCAAAGCACGGCGACAGCCUCAGCCUCAGACCCGCCAUCGUCCACAUCCACAUCCACGGCAGCGGCCACAAUGCCUCUAAAGAAUGGACUGGUCAAUGGAAUGGGGAAUGCAAUUGGUCACGACCAACAGCUGGAGGCGUCCGCCGUCGUGGGGGAGCGCAGCAAGAAGUGCUCAAGUGCGUCCAAUGUCAGCAGCACGCAUUCCACGGAUUCCGGACUGCCAGUCGCAGCAGCAGCAGCAGCAUCAGCAACAGCAUCAGCGGCCACAUCUGUGACUGCAGCAACAUCAGCUGCAGCAGCAGCGCAAGCGGCUGAGGCGUCGCGCGGCGUUGGUGGUGGUGGCUCACACUAUUCGACGGACAAAAGUGGCUCGUCCGGUUAUUACAGCUCCAAUGUGUGCUCCACUUACUCGCUGGACGAGCACAUCUAUUGCGAACCGGUCAUCGAUGUCCAGGAGAAGAUCAAGAGUGUGGCCGCCAGGCAGCGGCAGAGACCACCGCUCCAGCUACCAACGAAAGUGGGCGCUCCGCAGGAGGCGCCAUCGAUAGACCCACUGGAAGACUCGCCUGAAAAGUUGUCCGCAGUGAAGAGUCAGCGCUCGGACAUGCAAGAUGCAGCUGAAGCUGCCGCAUCGAAUGGCCAUCAAACGCAGUCGAAGGCCGAGGCGGCCGAGGGGCAGCAUCACUACAGCAAAAAGCUGCGAGUUCUGGAGACGAGCAUCGAGAAUCUGGACCGCCACCUGAAGACUUUUCCCAGCCUAUAUGCCAAGGAGCAUAUAGUGAGCUUCAUGCAAGUGGCCGGAGGAAGAAACGAAGGCCCUCCGCAUACUCUGGAUAUUGGAGAGAAGCUGAGGGCCUACAACCAGUUGCCCACCAUCAUGGAGCAGCAGCAGCAGCAGCAGCAACAGGAGCAGAUGGUGGAUGAUUCAUUGCUGGAUAUUGACCUAGAUGCCUUUCUUUUGGCGCCCAAUGCGAGGCAGCGUGGCGUCGACAAUCCCAGCUUUCUGAACGACGAGCAGCUGGCAGAGAACAACUACAAGUGCGCAAAGUACAUCAACUCCUGUCCCGAGGAUGCCUACCGCCUGGAGAGCGAAAGGGGUGGAGCUGGGCGACCUGAUGUGGGCGUGGUAGAGGAGACAUAUGUCAAGCGCUAUGAGGAUCAGUUACACUUCCAAAACACUCGUGAGCUCUUGGAGGACGUCCGUGAUAAAAUCCGCCUCCUAUCGCGUGCCACACCCCAGGCUUCGGCCUCGCCCACACCAGCCAGCACGCCGCCCACCGAUGUGCCCAAGGAGCUGGAGGGGAUGAUCCACACGCUGAAGAACGAACUGGAGUCGUACCUGCAGCGCAUGAACCAGCACAGUGAGCUGGAGCUCCGGCAGUUGUGCAGCGGUUUGGGUCGCCAGCAGCACGUGGUUCGCCUGCAAAACGCCCUGGAACGAAGACGCAGUUGCGCCGAUCUUCAGCUAAAUGCCUACGAGUCAGUACGGGAUGGAGUCCUGAUCUCCGCCAACGGCCGACCUCUCAGUGUUCGCGAGCAGAUCAUGACCAUUCGUUGCGCCAGCGAUCCCAACUUCAAGAUGAAGCGCAAGUCCAUAGCGGAGAUCUUCCCCGCCGCCGAAUGCUAUGUGGAAUCGGAGGUCACCACCACCAGUCUCUCGCGCAGUGCCACGCCCCCGCCCGCGUCCACAACUCAGUUGGAGCUUGAGGCGCUUCAUCCAGGCCUUGCUAUGACCACGAUCGUUACGCAAAUGCAGCGAAAUCUCACCUUCCACAAGCCCAUCCUCACGGUGUCCAACAGCAAUCCUGCAGGUGGAAAUGUGACGGUCGACGGAGCUGGCGGGGAUAAGGCCGAACGGGGACGGGAUCGGGAGAGGGAAAGUCUCGCCGAGUGGCACCGCAAGAAGCCCAGCAUCUGGGAGAUGUACUACGGCACCAACCGGCUUCAUCAGUCACUCCUCGGCAAGCAGCGAGGUGGAGGCGAACUGGUCAUCAGCAAUGCACAACCCACUCUGUCCUAUCCAUCCUCGCGACCCGAAUCGGACUUCACACUCGACCUGCCGCGGGCGGAGCAGCUGCGUCUAAAAAUGGAGAAGGAGAAGAAGUUCCGCCAAAGAUGUCGCUUCAUCACCACGUUCCUCAGCCUGGUCUUCUUCCUGCUGACUGUGAUGGUGGUCAGCCUGGUUCUGACGCGCGGCAAACGGAUGUUCGGCAGCAUGAUUUGAGCAUUCCCGAUCGCCGACCAACGCCGAUGACUAUAUAGCCACACUAGUUAGCCCCUAAGUCCGACUCUUGGGAGAAUGGGUCGGCGGAAUAAUAAAAACUACAGUGCCAACCACAAAUGUAAAACGUUAGCGAAGCUCAAGUUUAGUGUUAGCGGUAGUCGUAAGCUCCUGUGGCUGCCAAGGCAGGGCAGGGCCGCCACAGCUACAGCCGUAGUCGCAGUAUUGUUAAUAAAUUAUUUAUGUGAUCAUAGUUAAUAAGUACUAGUUAGUGCAUUUGUUUCCAUGCGUACGCGUAUACUGCCUGUAUCCAGUCUAUGUAUCCUUUGUCAAAGCUAUUUGUAAGCCCAUCAAUCUGUAUUAAGUCUACGUUUGUAACAAAUAACAGUUAGAGUCCUGUGAAAGUGUGAAGAAUAAAAAGAAGCGAGUACAUUUAA